AUGAAGUUCCUCGCUAUCCUAUCUGCGGUUGUCUUCGCUGCCUUUGCGGUGGCAGGACCUGUGCACGCCAAUGAUCAAGAUGAAAGCAAAAUGGGAAAAAGAGACAGAUGGGAUGUGGACAGGAUUAAACGCCUCCUGUGUGAUAUGAACGGUACUGCGGUGUCAGCAACAUUUCAUCGGCGUAAGGACCGACGGUUCGAAAGUAGGAUCGUCUUCUACUAA